AUGCGGAAAGUGAUAGUAGUUGAUGGAACAUUUUUGAAGAAUAAAUACAAAGGAGGUCUACCAUUCGCAUUUGGAAUUGCUGAUUCUGAGAAUGAUUGUUCAUGGGAGUGGUUUUCUAUGCAACUUAAGAUGGAUAUAGCUGAUGAAGAAGGUUUAUCAUUUGUGUCAGAUAGACAUACAUCAAUUGCUAAAUCAAUUGGAAACAUCUACCCAUUGGCUAAAUAUGGUAUUUGCAUCCCCCACUUGAUUAGUAAUGUUAUAACAUAUAAUAAGGGCAGAGGUGUCGCUGGUAUGGUUGCAAAAGCAUCAAAAGCUUAUAGAGUUGCUGAUUUUGAGAAAGAAUAUGACAUUAACACCAACAAUGCGGCUGAGUCAAUCAAUGCAGCUUUGAGGUCACCCAGAGAGUAUCCAAUAAUUCUUUUGUUAGACAGCAUCAGAGAAAUGAUGACAAGCUGGUUUUAUGAGAGUAGAGAGUUAAGUGCUAAGCAAAAAGAUCUUUUAACUGUUGAGGUGGAGAAAAAGAUUUCAAGAAGAAUAGAAAAAGGUAAAUUCAUGAACGGUUAUCCGAUGAGCAGAUCCAUGUUGCAGGUAAAAGGUAAUGGAGUAGACUACAUUGUUGACUUAGAAAAAAUGACUUGUUCAUGUGGAAAGUUCAGCAUAGGAAAACUCCCUUGUAGACAUGCUAUAAAAGGAGCUUUUGAUAUAGGCAAGGAUCUAUAUCCUUAUGUUGAUGAUGUGUAUACCACUACCGCAUGGAGAUUGCAAUAUGAGGAAACUAUUAAUCCAAUAGGUGUUCCUGAAGAAGAAUGGCGAGUCCCACAACAUGUUGAAGAUGCAAAAGUUCGACCACCUGAAACAAGAAGACAUCCUGGACACGCAGAAAAAGAAGAUAUGAAUCCGCUGAAGACAAGAUAA